GGAUGGACCCUCGUGUUUGCAGACACAGCAGGAGCAGCAGCAGCAGCAGCUGCAGGAUCUGCUACAGCUCGCGACAGGAACAGCAGCGAUCGGAGCUGCAGCAGCGGAAGGUGUCGCAGCAGCAGAAGUAACAACAGUGCUGUCAACAUCGGCAGUGAUAGCAGCUGCAGCAGUGACAGCUGCAACAGCAGGUCCAGUACGUGGUAGGAGCUGCAGCAAUUAGAGCAGCAGCAGAAACAGCAAUUGUUGAAACAACAGAAUAAAGGGCUGCAGCGGCAGCUAUAACGGGAAACAGCUGAAGCAACAGCAAGAUACGAAGCAUCAUCAUCAGCAACAACAACAGCAGCAACAACAGCAGCAGCAGCAGUAAGAGGCGUGUGGAGAGGAGUGAUGGUUUCCUCCGAGACACUCUGGAAGGCAGUGGGCAGCUGCGACGCAGAUGCCCCAAAGAGGGCACAAGGAGGCAAGGGCCCUGCCAGAGGCUCCAACUGGGGCCGUCAGGAGCCUUCCAACGAGAGCCACUCUCCCCCUGCGACGCUGACCGAUGCCCUCACAGAUCUGGACGAGGAGGAGCUGCAGGCCGAGUUGACCAGAAGCAAGGCGGAGCUCCCGGCGUCGCCCUUCACCUGGGCCAGGAGUCUCGCCUGCGCGCUCAACAACAGGAUCUCCGUCCCCGAGUCGGAGCCCGCGCUCUUAAAGCACCCGCACGACUACCCGCUCUGCUUGGCGAGCAAACGUCUUCGUAACAUUAUUGAGUCCGUCUUGGUAAAGGCCUCCCUGCUGGAGCUGCAAGGUCUCUUCGAUUUCUGCCUGCACAUGAUUCUUCGAGUGGCGGACAAAGGUGACGGAUCCCAUGGAUACAGAUUAUUCCUGCAGGCCAUCGUCAGGAGGAGCCCAGCCGUGGUGCGAGACAACCUCGACAAGUACCUGGAGUUGGUGAAGAAGCAUCAGAACAAGUCCAGGCGCUGCCUCUGUAUCCUGUGGUCGGUGGGGCAAGUGGGGCACAGCGACCUGGCCUCUGGACUCUUGGUGUGGUUUUCCGUGAUGCUUCCCGUGCUGGGAGUCAAGUCUCUCUCCGCCUACGCCAUCUGCUACCUGGAGCGCCUGCUCGUGCUCCACCCUAAACCCUGCGCCGGCUAUGGGGUGCUGGGCCCGCAGGAGCUGUUCCCCGUCCUCGACUUCGCAUUCAUGCCCAACAACGCGCUGCAGCCACAGCUGCAGAUGCAAUUGCUUGAUCUCUACCCCAAGCUGGUUGUGCUGGCGUACGGCGCGGAGCCAGAGAUGGUCAUGCACACCUACUUCCCCUCCUUCCUCUCGCGCCUCACCGUCUCCUGCCCGCCGAGGCUCAAGAUAGAGCUCCUGCGCAGCCUCACCGAGUGCCUGCGCCGGGACUGGUGCUCGUUUUCUGUCUGGAAGAAGCUCUACACCGCCCACCUGGAGCAGUCCAGCAUUUUGCUGAGACAUCUGUUGGAAAACUGGGGCACUCCUGCAGUUGCCAAGGUUUCGACGGAGCGCCUGCGGCGGACGGCGCAGGACUUUGCGGAGACGAACGCGGAGCUGCUGGCCCGCGGGCGCUGCAUGGACACGGGCGGGUUCGUCGCCUGCACGCACGUCACGGCGGAUCUCCUGGAGAAGCUGCGGCGGCACCGGGCGUCCUCGCGGUGGCCGUGCCGCCUGCUGCUCGUGGCCUCGCUGCUCGUGGCGCUGUGCGCUUGCGACGUGCACGCCCACGGCUCCUACCAGGCCUCGUCCACGGCGCUGCUGCUCCGCAGGGCCAACCUCGACGCGGCGCCGCAGGAGGUGUUGGCGUCGCUCUCUCGCGCCGCCACGCACGCCGGCAGGUGGGCGUGGGAGACGGUGCCCGCGUGCUGCUCACGAGCCGUCGUGGCCGCGGGGCCCAGUGUGCGGUGGGCGCGCGAGGGGGUGGUGACGGCGGCGCUGGGCUCGUGGCGCUGCGUCUCAACCGCCGUGCGGGCGCUGUGUGAUGCCGUGCCGCCCCUUGUCACCUGGGCCACGUCGCACUCCUCGCUCAACGCCUCGACGCACGCCCUGGGCGAGCUCGUCUCCUCCGUGCUCGGCCACGGCGGGCAGCUGCUGGCCCCGGCGCGCGACCUGGCCGCGGCGCUCGCGCACGCCGGCCGCCGCGUCUGGGCCGCCGCCCCGGGGGCCAUCGCCGCCUUCUGCGCCGGCGCUGCAGAGACGUUGAAAUCGGCGCUGCGCGGCUUCUGGCUGUGGCUCGUCGACGUCGUCCCCCGCCGCUGGGACGAAGCCCGGAGGCGCUCGGCGGAGGCGUGGUUCGACGCGCGCCGCAGACUGCUCCCCGACGGGUUUCCCGAAUCGCCGGCCGCCGGGGCGGUCGCGGCGGCGGCGCGCGGGUUCGUGACGGAGGCCGUCCCCUCGGCCGCGGCCCGGCUGAUGUCGUGGCUGAGCGGCGCCAUCCUGACGGCGCUCGGCGACGUGUCCACGUGGAUCGAGUGCCGCGUGGAGGAGAGGAGCCUCAACGUGUCGCGCUGGCUGGCGGAGGAUCUCCCCGAGGCCUCGACCACCGUCUGGGCCUGGAUCUCCGGAGUUCUCCAGGGCGACUUGUCGCGCUGCAUCCAAGAUUGCAUCCUUGCUCUCCUGCGCCUGAGCUGGGCCUGCCUCAGAGUCGCCGCCCACGUGGUCGGCAACGUGGCCGGCUUGCUCCGCUGAUCGCGAUCGGAGGUGGGCGUGGGGGGCCCUUGGCUCCGCGUGGAGCACACGAUACGUUUCGAAGACGCCUGGAGUCCGACGUCGCUCCACCAGCUCAGCUCCGCUCAUCGCGGCCGAUUGUGAACGCUGACUGCUUCAGAGGGUCCAGCGGGUCUCAUUACCAGAUGCCACAGGUGCAACCUUACCAGCUCUCUAUCUCUCUCUCUCUCUCCGCUCGGCCACUUGCCCACGUCUUAACGUCCUGCUGCAUACCACGUCGGCACCACUGGGUUGUGGUGUCAUUGCCGCGUUUGGGACCAGACACGCCGUGUCUUGGUGGGCAGAUUUCGUACAUAGUUACAUCGAUCGGUAUUUAAGUUGAUAUUGAUGGGUUAAUACGCUGUGGGGCUACGUUGUGGGCAGCAGAGAGCAGUGCAGCAAAAUCUAUUGUUGUAUUGUACUGUGCUCCAACGUCUAUGCUCCCCGCCUUCACCAACCUACACCGACCAGCAUGGUGAAGUAUACUCAAAUAACCCCCAUGACCCGCAUGGUAUGGGGGAGGCCCUCAUCCAGCAGUGGAUUGACAGGGUAUCUACAUGUACACAUACUCUAUGGGCCAAACAAGUCAUGUGAGUGGCAGCUGAGUCUGGGGCCAGCGGUUACCCUCUGCGAUGGGUCCUUCUCGGUGUUGUUUCCUACGCUGUGACGUGACCUACCCACGUGCGAUGGAGCCACACACAAUCCCUAAAUAGCUGGCCAGACCAGUACACCAACUGAGCAAUAACUAAGUGAAAUGGUCCAUUCCAACUCCUGAUGUUCAAGUCAGUACACACACAAACACGCGUGUCGAUUUGUACAACCUUCGUAUUAAGAAAUACACAGUAUUUAUUGUUAAGUCUUUUUCACCCAGUUUAUUCCAAGUGUGCUAUUGGCAUCUUGUCAUACGAUGAAGAGUCUGUCUUCGAAAUCUCUUAAAGCAGUGCAUUCUUUUUGUCGGAGAAGACCUGCGGAAGAGAUUUGCAGAUGACUGUUCCCGAAGAUGUUUUAAGUGGCCAAGAAACGCGGUAUUUUCUAAACUUAUUAUUCAAGGAUGUUGCCUAUUUUUUUACAAUGGCUUUCUUUCUAUGUGGAUAAAUUGAUGCUUCCUACAGGAAACAUAAUUACUCAGGCCAACAAUACGAGUUACUUUAGAGGUGCAACUUAAAAUGACGCUACACUACUCUUAAGUUCAGUUUGCAUUUAUAUAUCAGCCUCCGAAUGCCGGUGUGUGAAUGAAUGAAUGGUUGGUUACAUUGCCACGUCCUAGCCCCUGGACCUCAACCGUGCAGGAUCAGUGUGGUGUCAGUGUCGCCUUGUCAAACUUGAAUGGGGGGAACCCCUUUUCCAAAUGCAAGGAUCUUAUUCCCACCAGUGUGAUGUCCCUUUGAUGAUGUGAGUUCCAGAAAUCGAGGGUGUCGAUGAAGAGUUUAUAGAAAUAUCGUAGCUAUACUAUUAACCUAUAGAUGUAUACGCACGGAGACUAUAGAAAAUCGAGAGUAUAUAUGAUAAAGUGUUUGAUCAGUGUUUCUGCGUGGCUGAAAACUGUGUCAGCAUUUCGGCGUUGCGAUGUUACGUCCCGUUUGCACGGUGACGCAGGAUAGCACUAAUGUUUAAUGAUGUGAUUUAUAAUGAGAGUCCAUUGAUGAUUUAAGUAUGAAUUUAAAGUUAAUGUUGGACAUAAGCCCUUAAUUGUGUUUGUUAAGUUAACUGUCAGCGAUAUAUAUGCUAUUUCCCUCCAACCCUCCAAUAAGCAGAUAAACUCCCACAAUAUUAUACCGCAGAAGUUACAAGAUCCGUACCUACCAGAGAGUCACGUUGCUCCGGCGCGUUUUGGCCAAGUAACAUUUUGCCGACGUCAAAAUAAUUCCGUGGCUGUUUCUAUUAUCAAAAAGUCCACCCCCCCCCCCCUCGCUCAUCUCCUGUUUGGAACCCCGGGCCAGUGUUUGGAAAUUCCACAUUCCUAUAACGGGGACGAAUGUACCAUUGGACAACCACUGUUGACUUCUGCACAAAUUGGUACUCGUUUUAAUGGCCCCCAGAUGGAUGAUUGGCCGAGUCAACUCCCAUCCAGGAGUUGAACUCGCAACCUUCCAAUUGCGAGCCACUCGCUUCCACCACCGAGCCACAAUUAGAUGACAUUGUGCACUUGUGAACGCGUCACAACGAGUUGCGGCGACAGUAUGAACUCGGUUGGGUUCGACAGCUGUUUUCCAGAUUUAAUUGCAAUUGAUAUCCCUUUGCUUCGCCAAUACGCAUUGCAUAAGUCUUCCGAGUUCACUCCCGCGGAGUCUUAAGCCUGUGCAGUAAUCGAUCGCUCAAAGGCCACGGCAUUUCCAGUCCGAUGACAGCCGAAACAAAGUUCGUGGCAUUGCGGCGGGAGCGGCGUUCCAAGGCGCUUGUGCCGCUACGCCGAACGUGGCGUCCUGACAGGGUGGCGGGGCGCCACGGUGGCUCGGAGAUGUUAACUACCUCGCCUGGUAUACAGGAGGCCGUGGGUGCGAUCCUCACCCUGACGUCGGUUUAUUUGGAGUUUGCGGUGUCUCUCUCUCCCCAUGGCCUCGUGGAUUUUUUCUCCGGGUCCUCUGGUUUUUCCCCGUGCAUUUAGAAUCACCAUGCAUUUCAGAGUGUUUGGUUGAUGGAAAUUUCACGUCAUAAGCCACUUUGUUUAGCUAUCAUUUGUGGCCAGGUCACUUAUUAAAAAGAGCUCCAUAGCUUAGCGGGCCUUACCCAGUGUGGUGGUGUAAAGUGUUCGUUACUUUCACCUCUUCCAAGAUGUCUGACCAGCGUGGAAGAGUAGGUCCAAGAUUAUAUCCUCUUGAGGGGCCUCUCUAGGGCUCUGUCUGGUGGAGUCCCACCGCCAGUGGCGUGAGCGGGCUAUUGCAGGGCUGCACCUUUACCUGACUGCACUGGCACUGGGUGCAGCACAACGAGGAUUGCCCGCGAGGGUUCGGCACUCGGGAAUGUGGCGUUAUGGUUACUCGUGUCUCAGUGCAGAUUAUUUAUUGAGAGUGAUAUUCUGCAGCUCUUCGGAUGCCGCGAGUCAGCCCGCGUGUGGAUUCUUUGCAGUAACUUGGGCCUGGUGAACUUCAUCGUUGCCGAGGGCCACGUAGGACUGCUCGCAAACACCUUUGGUGGGCCACACAUUAACACACACGGGUUGCAAACAUCCAACUCUAUUUCCCUAUUUAGUACGGACAAGAUGCUUCCAGCGAUGGAUAAAUGUCCACUGCAGGCAGCUUUCGAAGUGGUAGGCCUCGUGUGUGUGUGUGUGUGCUGGCUGUGUAUGAAAUGAGGUCACGUGCCUUUUCUGCCCUGCCGGUUUCUCAGUUCCCUACCACCGCUGGUUUAGGAGGUUUAAACACCGGGGAAACGUUGUGACGUGUGGGCCACGGUAAGUGGCUCGUAGCAGAACGUUUUUAUUUUGUCUUAUCGGGCAGCGCACACCUCACCGCACCACCCCCAGAGCUCUUUGCGAGUCUGCAGCUCGUCUGUGCCGCACACCGGCCGGUGAGUUUACUUGGUCCUCAAUUCGUCGUCCAUUCGGCCUGAGCGCGCGCGACGAUCGCACGGAACGUCCAGUCGUGGGCUGGGUUUCCGUGGUUCAUUGUUAUUGUCAAACCGUACGGCUCUGUUUCAUUGAAGAGCUGCAGAUGUUGCAUGCGGUGAGUGACACUUCUUUAGAGGACCUUGGUCGGCCACUCGAUGGUCUUAAAUGUGGCUCCUUACACUUCGUGUUUUUAAUUUGCAACAUCACUGUCGUGAAGUUAUUGGACGUUACGUAUGUGGGUGUUGUGUGUGUCUGUGUGUAUUUCUGUGGGGCGUGAUAGCGUAGCGGUUAGCGCGCCGCACUACGAUCUCGGCGACUCGAGUUCGAUUUAUGCUCACGGCCAACGCCAGGUGACGAUUAUCUGAAUCGGUCAUGGGCCUUCUCAGGACACUGUAAUUGUUUACUCUGUAGCAAAUGUAUCAAGUAAUAAACACCAGCAUUUAUUACGAUGUAUUUUCCUUCCCUUUGCAACCCGACACACCUUGCACUGGACCAGUCUGUUACUGAUUCACCGUCACGUCGAGUUGGUGUUUCUAAAUCGUCUCAAUCCUUUUGUAAAUCACGUGACUGCUGUGUGGCCACCCCCACUCUGGACCCCUCCCCUCACCCGGCCCACUGAGAACAGACUCCCCUCCGUGCAGCAGCAGCAGCAGCAUCGAGUCCCAGAUGCAGCCUCUCCCUCCCCAUCAUCAUCUCUCCCGACCCUUGGCUGCCGUUUCUCCACUCCUUUCCCCCCUAUUUCCCAUUCUUUCUCUUCUCUCUUCCCUUUGCUGUUCCUUUUAUAAUUCCCCAUGCAUUGUAUCCUUGACUCGACAACCCCUUCCCGUGGGGUGCAGUCACGGGUACAAGACUCGAUCAUUCCAACGGCCGCCCUCGAGGUUCCACGUCCGAACGAUCAGUUGCUCGACCGAAUCGCUCUCGAACUCGCGCAACGCGGCCAUCGCCUGCCGACACGCGACCAAGUUGCACGCAACCGAUGGCGCGUGUGUCGACUCGGAUUUGCAGACUGGUUGUAAAAACGACUUCUGGAAGAGAACCCCCCGCACAUUCCCUGUGUGUUGUUAUUUUUACGAUUGUGUUUGAGUUUGUUUACGUGCAACUAUUUUCAUUUCACGUGAAUAAAACCUAAACUCGUGCCUUAUAAUUUACCGUGUAGAAUAGUUGUUAACCAGAGUCCAAAAAAGGAAAAUGCUAUUCAAAUUCAGUUUGCCUCGGUGUUUUUGGAGUAAACCACAUUUUUGCCGUGACGCAUUUUAACCUCGGAAUGUUUUGGUGUAUGCUUGCGAUGAUGCACAAAUGCUCCUUUUCCACUGGCACACCCGAGCCGUGCCAGCGCGGGUGCUUUCCUCGGGCCUCGCUGGACUUCUGUAAUCUGGCUCGGGGCCAAACAGGGCCAGGGGCGGGGAUAAUGACGCGGUCAUUGUUCGUGAUGUCAAUCAAUACGCUGAAGACACAGCGGCACCUCGUCAUCUGUUCACGCCUUCGACUCGUUCAUCCCCGGUGUGACGUCAGUGGCAUGGCUCUGCUUCUGCAGUGGAAAAACGACCCGGUGCCUCCGAGUCGCGCUAGGCUGGCUUGGCACGGCCCGAGAGCGGCUCGGUUGUGCAGUGGAAAAGAGGAUAAAGGGUUUACUGGGUUGUGGAAUCACUUUAUCCCUGGUUACACAUGUGAAAAGUUGGUGAAAGUCACCCUUCCAAAUAUAUGUAGGCCUCCUGGGAUCACCUGUUCACCCUUUAAAAUCCACUUUUAUUCUGUUUGUGCACUUGUCUAGUGACCUUAAUGUGGAUUUUAAAAUACCUUUUUUCAAUAAA